ACUCGAAAACUCUCACUGUGUUUUGGUUUUCCUCUGCGCAAAAAAUUGUAAAUAUCCCAGAAAAUUGGGCAAAAACACAAUGUCAUCCCUCAGAUCUGAGGUGUUGCGGAUGUUCAAAAAACUCCACAGAACCAGCCAUGGAGUUUUCCGGAAUGACAGCCAUGCCCUCAAUGCUGCGAGGAUGAAAAUAAAUGAGGAAUUUAGGAAAAAUAUAGACUGCAAGGAUACAGAAGAGAUUGGGAAGAAGCUGAAAUUCGCUGAGGAAGUCGAUGAAGAACUCCGUACAACUAUUGUCCAGGCAAAAAUUGUCAAAUAAUUAGGCAGAAAUUAGAGAUAUUUCUAGAGAAAUAAGAGGAAUAAAUAAAGAAAAUUGUGGAAAUUACCAAAGAA